ACCCACUUUUCCCACGUGGUGGCAGAGAGAACUGGAAGACGGUGCUGUAAGAUGCUAGUACUGUUUGAGACGGCGGCUGGUUACGCCAUAUUCAAGCUGCUGGACGAGGGAAAACUGCAGAGCAUCGACGAUCUGUACCAGCAGUUCGAGAAUGCGGAGUCUGCAAGUAAACUGGUGAAACUAAAACAUUUUUCCAAGUUUUCAGACAUGACAGAUGCUCUGGCAGCUGCUACUGCUGCGGUGGAGGGGAAGAUGAGCAAGGGAUUAAAGAAGGUGCUGAAGAAGGUGUUUGUGUCGGAUAUGCAGGAACAGCUUGCCGUGGCCGAUGCUAAGCUGGGCAGUGCCAUCAAGGAGAAGCUGAACAUCAGUUGUGUCCACAGCUCAGCCAUCACAGAGCUGUUCAGAGGAAUCAUGUGAUCAUUACGACUGAUAUGAUGUCAAGUGACUGAUCAUGUGACCUGAACCGCUGUCCACUUCGUUCUCUCUCUUCGACAGUCUCUCUCGCUACAAGCUCACGUCAGGCCCGACAAAGUGAGCCACUAUGAUCAUUCAGGCCAUAUCCCUACUAGAUGACCUUGACAAGGAAUCAUACUACAACCUGCGAGCUGCAUGGGACGUGCACGUACGCUGUGUCACUUCCGUGAGUAUGGGGAAGAUCGUGACUGACAACCUCACCUAUUGCAGGACUGUCAAGGCAAUCGGGUUGCCGCAGAAGUGAGAUCAGUGAGGCAGAUCUGUCGAAAAUCCUGCCGGAAGAGCGUGAGGAAGAUGGUUCGACAGGCCUGCGAGAUCUCAAUUCCAUGGGCACAGAUUGGUACACAUACCACAUCCGUGCACA